AUGGCCGAAGAUCCCACAGCACCGAGCUUGAAUCUUACAGCCGAAGAGAAGCGCGUAUUCGGCCAGCUAUUUCGACAGGCAGAUACAGAGGGCCUUGGGGUUGUGACGGGAGAAGUUGCGGUCAAGUUCUUUGAGAAGACAAGGCUUGAGCCACGCAUCUUAGGAGAGAUAUGGCAAAUUGCGGAUAAGGAGAACCGGGGCCUACUGACACCAGCGGGUUUUGGAAUCGUAUUGAGGUUGAUUGGACAUUACCAAGCAGGACGAGAUCCCACCCCUGAGCUAGCACUUCGAGCUGGUCCCCUUCCUAAAUUCGAUGCCGGCUCUGUCCCCGGAGCAAGUCCAACAACGAUUCAACCCCCUCCCGGUCCGCCACCAAGCGCAUUACAACCACAGAGAAGCGGCUCCGGACCAAUCCGAGUUCCUCCUUUGACGCCAGACAAGGCUGCACAAUAUGCUUCUCUAUUUGAGAAGUCGGGAGCGGUCAAUGGACAGCUCCCAGGAGAGCAGGCAAAGCAAAUCUUCGAGCGUGCUGGGCUUCCGAAUGAAAUUUUAGGAAGAAUAUGGAACUUGGCGGACACUGAACAAAGGGGGUCACUCCAAUCCACAGAAUUUGUGAUAGCCAUGCACUUAUUGGCCUCUUUCAAAUCUGGGGCACUUCGAGGGCUUCCGAAUGUGCUUCCUGCCGGUUUAUAUGAGGCCGCAGCAAGACGCAUGCCGAGCCGACAAUCCUCGGGCAUGGCACCUAUCCCAAGGCAGUUCAGCGGUGCACUAGGUGCUCAACGUAGUGGAAGCCCACUUAACCCCGCUGUGUACAAUACUCCUCCCCAGUUUCCUCAAAACUCUGGUUCGGGUGGAGCAUGGGCUAUAACUCCUGGGGAUAAGGCCAAGUUUGACAGUAUUUACUACCCCCUGGACAAAACCAACAAAGGAUAUAUCACUGGAGAUGAAGCCGUACCAUUUUUCAGCGAAUCCAAGCUUCCCGAAGAGGCUUUGGCACAAAUUUGGGAUCUUGCAGACAUUAACUCAGCGGGUGUUUUGACCAAAGAUGAAUUUGCAGUGGCUAUGUAUCUCAUCAGACAGCAACGGGGGAAGCGUGAUGGACGGGAAUCGCUCCCCUCAACAUUACCCCCUAAUUUGAUCCCACCAAGCAUGCGACACCAGGUCAGACCAGCUGCAGUUCCCACUGCCCCAGUGUUUGAGGCACCACCCCCGACCUUGCCCAAGUCAGCUGCAGAAGAUCUUUUUGGCCUCGAUGCACUUUCAGGGCCGGCCCCUGCGCCAACCCAAGCGCCUCUAUCUACUGGUGGGUCUGCGUCAUUCGGUGUGAGUAACGAUCCGUUUGGCAGUAGAUCCCCCAUAACGCCUAGUUCACCAACCCAGAGCUCUUCACUACAAGCAUCUAAUAUCUUCACACCUUUCGCCCCAACUUCGACAUUUGGACAGGCGUUGAGUUACAACAAUACUGGUGGGUCCAAUAACACAGGUCCAUUACAACAAAGAAAUGUGCAGCCGCAAAGCUCUGCAGCGGAUGACCUACUAGGAGACAAUGAUCCUGAGAUCAGUAGGAAAUUGACAAGCGAGACCUCUGAGCUUGCAAAUUUGUCAAACCAAGUGGGAUCGUUGUCGAAGCAGAUGCAAGAGGUGCAAGGUCAGCGAGCGACGUCUCAGAACGAGUUGACUCAAGCGGGUUCCCAGAAGCAGGAAUUCGAGCAACGUUUAUCGCAGCUUAGAACACUCUACGAGCAAGAAGUGAAGGAUGUCAGAAGCUUGAAAGAACGACUCACCGCGUCUCAAAACGAAACCAAGAAGCUACAGACUGAAAUUGCUAUGAUCGAAGGAACCUUCCAAGAUCUCCAGAACCAGCACAGACAGACUGUCACGGCACUUGAAGCCGAUCAACAAGAAAAUGCCAGUCUGAAAGAGCGUAUGCGGGUCGUUAACACCGAGAUUUCACAAUUGAAGCCAUCGCUGGAAAAAUUGAGAUCCGAUGCUCGUCAGCAAAAAGGUCUGGUGGCCAUUAAUAAAAAGCAACUCGCGACUAAUGAAGCCGAAAGAGAGAAAUUGAAGGCCGAGGCCGAAGAAUUGAACAAGAGUAUUGAAGAAGACACGAAGACUUUGGCCGCUGCAGCUAAAGUGCAAAGUCAAAGUCCCGUACCAAGUCAGAGUCAGGUUGCAAGUCCAACUCCUUCUACAAUAAGCGCCAACAAUCCAUUCUUUCGCCGUCAAGGAAGCUCAUCAGAACUACCAAACUCGCCCUUUACGUCUCCACCCCAGCCGGACAGAUCCUUUGAGAACGUUUUCGGUCCCGCUUUUGGUGAGGCCUCCACUGCAAAGGAAUCUGCGCCGCCUACAAGUUUCAAGCAUGAUACAGACAUCCGGCCCCCUUCGGGUGCCUCUGGCUCUUUUUCUCACAAUCGCACUGGUAGCGGUAAUGAAUUCUCACCACCAUCAAGAACUUCACCUGCAAUAUCCAAUCGAGAGCUCCCCCAUGCAAGCCCGCUUCCUCAAACCAGUGUACUCUCCCAAGGUACUGGCUUCCCACCUCCUCCGCCCGAGUCCCGACAAAUCAGCUCUAGUUUCCUACCGUUCCCAGAGCAUAGCGACUCUGUCACCUCGUCUCAACAAGUCUCAGCGCCUAACAGCAGAUUUGGGGAAGAUUCUACAGGUGCCGAGACGCCUACGAAUUACAUGGGCACGACCCCAACCGGUUCAUCUAGUGCAGGCCCAGCUGAGCAUGUAAGAGCAGUAUCUCCAGGUCUUGAUCGUCAUUCUACUGCUUCCCCUGCAACAAGCCCGACCAAGGACUCCAUGCCAGGCGCCUUCCCCGGAGACUCAAACUCCUCUCACAUUGUUGCAACCCCAACUGGAGGGAGCACAUUGAGUGAGCAGGCUGCGGCUGAUCCAUUUGGUCUUCCUAAAGAGCCGGUCCGCUCUGGAACUGCAAAAGAUGAUUUCGAUUCUGCUUUUGCUGGUUUUGGCACUACUCCCAAACCCCAGGAGCGAUCCAAUACUGGUUCCUCUGCAGCUGGUUCGGUUGCCGCAGCUCCGACUGUCUUCAACAAAGAGUUCCCGCCUAUUGCUGAAUUAGAGCAUGACGAUGAUAGUGAUAGUGCCAGUGAACGUGGAGGUUUUGAUGAUGAUUUUGCCCCAGCAUCCCCAGCGCACACUAGAAACCAAAGCUCUGGACAACAGCCAACUACACAAGUGGCCCCAUCUGGUGAUGCGACGAAUGAUUUACUUUCAGCAAGACCAGCUGCAAUUCAUUCCCUAACAAGCGAAAGUCUGGCCACUACAAAUCCUCCAACUCCUGGAGCACAAGCCCCUCCACCGGUCUACGACAGAGUUGUCUCUUCCGGAGACCAAGCCCAGACAGAGGCACAACAAUAUAUAGGCCUCCUCCCAUCUCGCGAAAUCCCAACCUCACCCCCCAACAUCUCCGCCGAGCCCGCAAGUUCCACAACAACCAGCCAGACACCAUUCAGUGCUCCCCAAGUAUCCGCGCAGCCCGCCCCUCCCGCCAAAGUACCAUUCGACGAUGACUUUGACGAGUUUGAUGAUCUCGAAGAUGCAAAGGAAGGCGACGCCGACGACGACUUCGCCAAUAUCUCCGCUCUCGACCGUUCCGGGCUCGACGACUUUAACCCAGUCUUCGAUAGCCCCCCAACAUCAAAAGGCGGCGACUCCAUUUCCCCGCACACCAAAAACGCUUUCGGAGGCAACGACGCCGCAUUUGGGGACUUCACGCAAUCGCCUCAAUCUACGCAGCCUGCUCCCAACGCAAAUGCAGUGACAAACGAUAAUCAUGACUGGGAUGCGAUUUUUGCGGGUCUGGAUGGGCCCUCGGCUGCUGCUGCUGAACCAGCACCACCAGCUUCUGUUCCGACUUCAAGCUUAGAUGCACCGAAGCCGAAUGGCAAUAGUGCUAGACCUGCGAGGCCGGAGAUUGGAAGGGCGCUGACGGAGGCGGGCGUGCAUGAUGACCCGAUUCUGAAGAAUUUGACGGGCAUGGGUUAUCCGCGUAAAGAAGCGCUGGCGGCGCUGGAAAAGUAUGAUUAUAAUUUGGAAAGGGCUGCGAAUUACCUUGCUAGUCAGUCAUAA